CAAGACUUUCCCUUCUCCCCCUCCCUUUUUUUUAACUCUUGCGACUGCUAGAGAGAGGGUUGGACUGAUAGAGAUGGUGACGAUGGUGGUUUCUAUCUAUGUCAUCUAGUGCAAUAGAAAGAGAUUUUAAGCACUAUAGCGAAGGGUUUAAAGGGCCUUCAACUGUUCUCUUUGGAAACUGAAAGAUAUGGAGGCUGGGAGGAGGAAAGGAGAGAGGUGUGGCUCGAUGAUUGGCUCCAUGUCUUUCCCUUCUAUCACCCACCUUGUCCUUCUUUUACUUGUUUUCAUUGGCAACGGAACGUUCAGCGUGUCGGCUUUGAGGUACACAAGUAUCACGAGUCUUAGAUUGGCAAGGAUCCAAAGACAUUUGGAGAAGAUCAACAAGCCUGCCGUGAGGUCCAUCGAGAGCCCGGAUGGAGAUAUCAUCGACUGCGUCCACCGGCACAAGCAACCAGCUCUCGAUCAUCCCCUCCUGAAGAACCACAAGAUUCAGAAAGUGUCAUCUCAGAGGCCAGCAUUCAGAGGCGGCUGGCGACCGAAAAAUUACAAUGCAAGUAAUGCAGCGAGAAGGGCUUGGCAAACAUGGCACCAUGUUGGGCAUUGCCCGAAGGGCACCAUUCCGAUACGGAGGAGCUCGGUCGAUGAUGUAUUGAGAGCCAAAUCCUUGUAUCACUAUGGGAAGAAGAAGCAGCGACUGCCGCUUGCUAGAUUAAUGGCCGAUGCACCAGAUGUGGUCGGUGGCAAUGGCCACGAGCACGCAAUUGCUUACACUAAGAGUACGCAAGAGAUCUAUGGGGCUAAGGCUACCAUCAACGUCUGGGAUCCAUCCGUCGAAACAUCCAACGAGUUCAGCCUCUCCCAGAUCUGGAUCCUCUCAGGAUCAUUCAAUGGCUCCGAUCUCAACAGCAUCGAAGCUGGCUGGCAGGUCAGCCCUGAGCUUUAUGGAGACCGCAGGCCCAGGCUGUUCAUCUACUGGACGAGUGACGCAUAUCAGGCAACAGGGUGCUACAAUCUUCUAUGCUCGGGGUUUGUGCAGAUCAACAACAAGAUAGCCAUUGGAGCAGCUAUAUCACCAAUAUCAUCAUAUGAAGGCAGCCAGUAUGAUAUUACUAUUCUCAUAUGGAAGGAUCCAAAGCUUGGAAAUUGGUGGAUGAGGUUCGGGGAGAACACGCUUGUCGGCUACUGGCCGGCCGAGCUCUUCACACACCUAUCGGAGCAUGCCACAAUGGUGCAGUGGGGAGGGGAGGUGGUGAACACACGACCUAACGGCGAGCACACCUCCACCCAGAUGGGCUCAGGCCACUUUGCUGGGGAUGGGUUUGGGAAGGCCAGCUACAUUCGCAACCUCGAGAUUGUCGACUCCGACAACAGCCUUAGCUCAGCCCAGUCCAUUUCUACACGGGCCGAGAAUGCCAGCUGCUAUGACAUCAAGAGCUUCUCCAACACUGACUGGGGAAUGCACUUCUACUAUGGUGGACCAGGCAGCAACCCCCAGUGCCGUUGAUUCUCAUUCUUUCUACGCUUGAGUUUUCUCUGUCUCACCACAUGUCUAAUAUAGUUUCUUAAUAUCAAAAUUCUAAGUUUUUUUUUUUUUUUUGUUGGUUUUUUUUAUCCAUGAAGAGGGUUCUGAGGGUCAUUUGGUGCCAAUUGUUGUCUUGGUUGCUACUAAUGUUUUCAUACAUGAUAUAUUUCGGCAACAAUAUUCUUUGAUUAUUGUGGUCCUUCCGUAUAUUUUCAGGAUUUCAUUUGUAAUCUAUAAGAUAAAACGUUUGCUAGAUCAUCACAUGGGUGUAAAUAUUAUGACCCACCUACUCUUUCUACCCCACAUGAUAAAGAUUAGACAAGCCUGGUGUCUCGGACACACCGCAAAAAGUCUUGUAGAGAGAUCUGUCAUGCCCUAAUUCAA